AUGCAUUCAGCGACUUCACGAUCGAGUCAGUCGUCUCUGCAAUCUUCCGUUCCGAAUGCAUCAACGUCGUCUCUUCUGCAGCAACAACAGCAACAAUACCAUCAUCACCAUCAACAGCAGCAGCAGCAACAGCAGCAACAACAACAACAACAACAAAUCCUUUACGGGCCUAUCGUCAAUCCAGUAAUACCUCUCCAGCCUUAUGCUCCAGGAAUACAUCCAGCAUGCAUUUAUCCUACAACUCAACGACACGCAGGAAUAUCAACACCCAUUUCUUUGCAAAUGCAAGGCAAGGCCAAUAGAUGGCAAUUCAAGAAUAAGAUUAACCGUGGCCAACAACAAUAUAAUCAACAACACCAGCAGCAGCAACAGCAUACUCAACAAUCAUCCUACAAUUCGAAGCUUGUUUUCGAACAAGAGUCGAGCAACUCCACGUUACCAUCGUCAAACACAUCUUUCAUCCUGACAUCAUCGAAUUUUGCACAUGGUGGACUUCCAGGAGAAUCUUACAACAAUUCCGCCGUAACAUUGAUACCUCAAACCCCAUAUGUCAAGCCACCGGAUACACAAACUUUCUGUUUGCUCCAAGACCGACAAAAAUCUCAACUAGCUCAACGUCAACAAUCAUCGACUCACGGUUCUUAUUACAAUAUAUCUUCAGCAAAUGCUUGCAGUUUGCAAACGGUGAAUCCAAAUGCGUUUCAAUUGGCGAACGUCAAUCCAUAUACUACUGUAACAUCUUUCACGAAUAAUCAGAUUACAGGACCGAUACAAACGGUACAAGCUACACAAAUAUUUCCAAAUCCACAAAUAGGUUUAUUAUUUGCUGGUCAAUUACGUGAAAAAUUAUCAGAAACAAAUAUUGAUAGUAUUUCGUCGAAAUACUCGAAAGAUAAGUUACCGAUCGUCGAUAACACAAUUCCAAUCAAUACAAUCGAUAAAACAGACAAUCACGGAGACUGGUCGGUACAUGAAAACAAAGCUACUUCAGUGAAUAAUUUCGAAUCAAAUUCAAAAGAAUCAUCUGUUCCACGAACGGUGGAGAAACGAAUAGUUGAGAAGAUACAAGAAGAAGGUGCUUGCUCGGACGAAUCUUCGGCAAGUUUCGAAUUCACUCUCGAAGCUGAAAAAAUGGUCUCGGCAUUAUGCAAUACUACGUCAUCGAACGACCUCAGCAAAGAAGAAUCACGUAAUGGAAAAAAAUCAGAAACUAUCGCGUUUUUCGAUGGGGCUGGUGAUAAUCCGUCCAACAAGAACAACUGGUUCUCUAAUUUUUGCACGGAUGAGAAUAAUAAAAAUGAAAAUAGUAAAUCUAUAGCCGUUCAAACGGAUGGACCAUGUACGGACAGAUCACAAUAUCCAGAAUUGAUUCGAAAAACGGCUUAUUGGGGUUGCACCAAAGCCGAGAUUAUUCUCAAUUCAGAAACUUUGGAAACCAAUGGAAAGUGCGAUCGUUUGAUAAAUUUGUCUUCGGCUACUAGAACAGCUAUUACAAAAUCUUCAACUUGCUUUCCAAUAUUCGCUGGCGAUCGUAUUUUUGCUAAGGACUUAAUAAAAGCUUUGUUACGGGUCAGCAACGGCUGGCUCAUUCUCGAUAAUUAUUUGAACAAACAACAUUACCCUAGUCUAGCUGAGAAAUUAGAUGACGAAUUACUUCGAUGUUUUCAAACGUGGGAAGAAAGUACUUACGAAUUGCUUCGGCAGAUCGUAGAAGCUUUUUUAAGAUUGGAAGAAAACAGUCGGAUGUCUGCUAAUAAAGGCGAAAGACUCGUUGAGACGUCCAUGACAUCUUUUCCAGGAGACGUAACUUUAUAUACGUCGAUCGAUCUCUUCGAUUGUUCAAAGAACGAGUCUAAUCUUUCUCAUCGAAAGGAAAAUAAGAACGAAAUUUCGAACGACGAAGAACAACGACAAGUAGUGGUACCUACCUUAUCGACCGACGGUACGCAAAAAACUUAUCGCAAAGAAACAAAAUUACGAAGUAAGUGGACAAUCACCGAAAAUUUAGUAUCUUCGAUAGGCAGUGAGAAAUCAUUAAAUCGUACAAAAAAUAACGUACGAACAGGUAGCAGAUUUCGCAGCAAAAACGCUUCCUCGUUGUCCAGCAAAAUUGAUACAUCAGAACGAUCUCUCAACGCAGAGUUCUUUCAUUUGAGAAGUACCGUUAUGGAGAGAAAUCAUGAGAGUUCGAAAGAAUGGCUAUUGAAAGACAGAAAACAAGAGUUCUUUUUUGACGGCAACAUUUCAUCGCCAUGUAUGAAUACAACAGGAUUGGUUUACGGUAUUCAAAGACCAACUACAAAUAUAAAUUAUGAUCCUUCCAUAUUUGGAAAUACUCUAGCUAGAAAUUUCUACUCUGGUAAUGACAACGUUCCGAUAACACACGUCGAUAAUAGAACGAUGUACGAGAACAAAUCGAAUAUCGGUGCUCCAGUUUAUAUCGGCAAAUCAUCAACUGAUCAACUCGAAUUAUCAGCUGUUCCAAGAAAUAGAAUGACGUUGUUAAGCCAAAUUGAGCCGGAUAUACCAGACAAGGAAUCCGAAGAGAUGACUGCUAAUCUUUCAGCUUGGUUCGCCAGCAUGAGAAAUACUAAUGGACAAGCCCAGCAGCAGCAACAACAUCAACAACAACAACAGCAGCAGCAGCAGCAACAACAACAACAACAACAACAACAACAGCAACAGCAACAACAACAGCAGCAACAGCAGCAGCAGCAGCAGCAACAACAACAACAACAACAACAACAACAACAACAACAACAACAACAACAACAUAUUUCUCAACACCAUUCAUUGUCUCAUCGAGGAGAAACUCUUGCUAGAAAUACAAUAGACUUUACCAGACAAUUACAAAUUGAUACGAAUCGACAACUUCAAACAUUAAGGAACAUGCAAAGUAUUCAAAGUGCACCUUGGAAUGCCGAACACAUACUUGGCAAACGAUUAAAUGUUCAUAAUCAAAUUCCUGAAGAAUACGAUAGUUCAGAAGAUGUAAGAGUUUACAUGAAACCUGGCAGUUACAAUGUCCCGAAGAAAAGACAUCAGAGAAAGGGUAAUCCACGACGUGCAGAUAAUUUACGUGGUUCUGGAAAUAAUCAUAGAAAUAUACAUUCAAAUAGAGGAGAAAAAAUCCCUAGAAUAUUGGCAUCUUCAACACCAGUAACUCGAACUACGUUAAACUCUACAACAACGCAAAAUAUCUCGCUACACAAUUCACCGACCAUUUUAAAACGUGUUACCCCAACCAAGGACAAUCUUGAACAAGACGUUACUUGGAAAGCAGCAUGUGCUUCAGCAGAAAUCCUAUUGGAAGCUCUCAACGUUAAGGAUACAGUAAAAGAGACGAUCAAUGAUUCUGACGAUGACGAUGAUGACUCCGAAGACGACGAAGAUACUAAAAUCGAGAAAGGAAGUGACAAAGAAGAUCGUGAGUCAUUGAAAAGUCUACAUCGUCAAAAACUAGGUCAACAUAAUCAAAUAAAAUCAAUGAAAAAACGUAAGGAUGUUGUAGGAAUCGAUGCAUCAAGUUACGAAGCGUCCGAAGAUGAUUCUGGAUCAACUAGUAAAUUAUCUCCACGUACGAACGUUCUCUUAAAUUCGCAAGAGAAUCGCAAUGUUAAAACUAACGUAAAAACUGAUUCAUGGCUUAUCAGAACUCUCAACAAUGCUAGUAUGAUGGGUAAACAGAGAAGAAGAAAAAAUGAAUUUACUAUAGCAGAAAGUUCAGAAUCAUCGAACAGUUCCAUGAUCGAGGAAGAACGAACGUGUUUAACUUCGAUAACAGCUGUUGGUUUGACUACAACAACGAUCACAGCUACUACAACGAUCAAAGAUCGAGAAGAAACGAUUGCUUCGAGAGAAAUCGGUAUUACCGAUCGACUCAACGAAAACGAUCUUUUAACUGGGAUCAAAAAGGAUACUGAAAGUACUGUAGGACGUGCUACUUAUUCGGAAACUGUACGCAGAUCGACAGGAUUUUCUACCGGAUCGUCGUCUAACGUAAUACGAUCGGUAAAGAAGAAACCUGUAACCUCGAAUUCAUCUCUAAAUUAUACUACGAUCGUACCGAUCCCUGGACGUAAAUGUCAACGCAAAGAUUCCGAAAGAUCUUAUCACUUGUUACAUAAAUCGCGAAAACCUCCGAUUAAAAAGACAUCGAGAAUUAUAGACGAUAACGAAGACCGUAGAUCGGAAGAUGGAUCGUUUUCUUGUUCGAAAUCAAAAAUGGCUGGAAACGAAACGUCAUUAUCAUCGAUGAUCAAUUUAUCUUCUAAAUCUGCUGCAAAUAAAUCUUUGCAAUGUAAAAAGAAAGGAGAAAAUAGUGACUCGAUCGAUAAUUUUGUUGAAACAACAAAAUAUGGAAAUAAAUCGAAUGAUCGGGGUUGGUCAGUUUGGUACAGUUCAAGAAGGAAACAAAGUUUAAGUCCGCUUGCUUUGAGUAAAUUAGAAGCUAUUCAUCGAGCUCUCUGUCAAAUGGACGAAACAAAAAUUUUUAGAUGUCCACCCUCGAUCGAUAAUACAGAUCGAUCGUCCACUACUAUUGGAACGAUGGAAGAUUAUUGCAAAGUUAUCAAGAGUCCAUUAUUUCUUGAAACGGUCGAAUAUAAAAUUAAAAAUCGGAUUUAUCAUAAGAUCGAGCAUGCUGUUCGAGAUUUUCGAAGGAUCGUUCAUAAUUCGAAAAUUUAUCACAAGAACGACAAUGAUCGAGUGAAAAAGAUCGAGAAUUUAUCGAAGAAACUCGAGGAAUUAUUUGAAGAACACUUUACCAAUUGGGAUUUUGAAAAUAUUAAUGGCAGUCCGAGAGAAGAUUCACCGAUACGUCCGAGAUUGAAAUCAAUGAAUUCAAGUCAAAAAACACUUACUGGGCGUUAUGGGAAUUCUAAGAAAAGUCCUUCGGCUAUAACUAUUACAGAAAGCACGUCACUUCGAUAACGAUACUUAACACCACCCCUCCUCCCUCUUUCGCCCUCCUACAUUGCCUCUUUCUGCUUAAUAAUUAAAUAACAACGGAUAACAUCGAGAAAGUAUUCAUUAAUAAUGAAAAUAUUUUUUCAUUGAUUUAGGAUGAUAACGAUGACGAUGAUGAUGAUAAUGAUGAUGAUAAUAAUGAUGAUUAUAGCUAUAGUAUUCACAAUAGAAUUGAACGUAAUAACACGUACUCUCUAGUCAUUAUAAAUGAAUCACAGUUGAUAUUGUUAUUAAUAAGUACGUUUUACGAAUUCAUUUGAUCGAAUCUCAAAUUUUCCCGCCUCCUCUAUAUUUCUUUUUUUUUUGGCAUCCAAUUCGAAUCUGUGAUAUAUGGUAUCCAAUUUACAUCGUCCAUUUUGAAUCAAUGUGAAUCUACGAUAUAUAUAUAUAUAUAUAUAUAUAUAUAUAUAUAUAUAUACAUACAUCACGAACGUUCAAAACUAUUCCAAGAUAUAAAAUAGAAAGUUUCGAUUUCUUAAAUAUUAUUUAAUUUAUUUUUUUGGUACACAAUACUAACAAUUCUUUCAUAUAAUCGUAAUCAUCGUGCAAAGUGCAAAGUUUCGUUUGUUCUUUUUUAUAUCGAGAGUAUUAUUUCGAAAAAGUAUCACGUAAGUAAGAUUUCAUAAAGGAGUAUAACAAAGUAAAACGUUAUAUAAACCGAAUUGAAAAAAAAAAAAAAUACAUAGAAAUGUUGAUAUUGAAUAUAUCGCGAUGAUUAACCGUUCGAUAUUCUCAUUAUAUCGAAUUAAUGUAUAGGUAUAAUAUCAAAUAUAUUUCGAACAUCUUCCAAAAUAAUCGAUUAAUUUAGUACAUAUAUGUUUAGCAUUAAAUUUCUUUAAUUGUAAAUUAUACACAUUUUAUGAACGAUAAGUGUAAUACAUAUGGCACUGUAUACUCACACUACUUCGAAGAUUAUUUCAAAUUUGCCGCGUAAAUCUUCGUUUUUUUUUCAUAUCCUUACGUAUAUAACCUAUGCACCUUAUUUAAUUAAUAAUAAAAGACACAUCGAUUGAUAUUACAUUCUCUCAUGUGACAAACAAGUUAACACGAACGUGUGAAAUUUAGAAAAGUUGAUAACCAAACGGCUAUUUUACGAUACAUUUUAAUGAUUCCAUUAUAUCGCGUAAUAUGCAACUAUGUCGAUUACAACAUAAAUUAAAUGUGCAUGACUACUGCAGACAAAGAAAGAAAAAAUAUCGCGUUAGGAGUUGGCAACACUGACCCUUACAUACAGUUCAAAAUGUAGACACCAGUGCCAUCAUAGGAGCGCAGUGAAAGUUUUUCU